GCUGUUUUCACGAGAAUCUAUUAUGAGCAGCGCCUGCAGCAACUGUGGAUGUUUGUCUGAUUUGGAUUAACAACAUGAUUGAGCGCGCAUCAGCAAAAUGGACACGUUACAGUUUCUGUAGAGAAAAAUAACAGUACAGCAUGCAAAAAUGUAAUCUGUUAUUAAAAAUAUACGUGUUUGAUGCAGACUAAAAUGUUAUUCUGCGCAUGAUGACGCGCAAAAGUACGUGUGUCUCCGCUUCACACGGCUAGCUAGCAGGAAGUAUGUUGAAUCCGUGGAGGAAAAAAAUGACCGAAGAACCAAAGUCGGUUGUUGAUCUGAAAAAAUAACAAGUCUCCUAAAUGAGAACGCAAAUGCUGCGUUUUUCAGAUUCGGCAUCAUUCGCUCUGGUGCAAAGAACGUCAUUAAACGGUGCUCUUCCAGUGCCUGCUCCGUGUCCAGAUCCUUCCGGUGCUGCCCUGACGGGGUGGUAUUGAAUGGCUGAAAGAGAAGGCUUUCUUCAGCUCUGGGAAUAAAAUGGCUGACACCACAGAAUCCAAGAGCUAAGACUCUAUUUUACCCUUGUCUACUUUGUUUAUUAUCUUGAGACUUGAAUACCCCUUCCUUAAAUGUAUACGCCUACUAUGGCAAUGCAUGAUAUGAGCCGUGUCAAGGGUUUCCCCUGUAAAGAGUGUGAUAUGGUUUGCCCCAGUACACCUAGUCUAUUAGAACACAUGAAGGCUCACUACCAGCAAGAAGAAAAUGGCAGGUUUGAGUGUGAGCAAUGUGGCCGCAUCUAUAAGCAUGCUGGCAGCCUGGCCAACCAUAAGAAAUCCCAUGAAGUGGGUUCCUUUCAGUGCCCAGUCUGCACCAGAACCCUGCCCAAUGCUGUGGCUCUGAAAAACCACCUCCGUAUCCACACCCUAUCCCCAAGCAGUGCCCAGGCAGAGGAAGACGGCGGUGACGAAGGCGCUGAAGACGGACAUGAUGAGAGGAACUAUGGUCUUGCACAAGACCUGUCUGAUGGCUUUGCCCGCAGUCACCUGAACAACAGUGGAAUGGGUCAUGGUGUGAUGUCACAUGACCCAGAUGAUCAUAAGAAGUCACCUGUAACCGAUGAUGCCUGGGAUCGUCCAUUCAAAUGCGAUCAGUGUGAUAGGACCUACCGCCACCAUGGGAGCCUGGUUAAUCACAAGAAAUGUCACCAGGAAGGGGCGUUCAAGUGCACCGUCUGUUACAAGCAGUUCAACAACCUGGCUGCUCUCAAUGGUCAUGAGCGAACCCACUCAAAGUUUAAGACUCCUGGAGCAUCGAUGGUUAACAACAUACAUGAUUCUGUGACUGAUCAGCGUUCGUCUGCGCCCCAAACCGAUGAUGCGGCUAACUGCUUCUGCCACCUGUGCCAGGUAGCUUUGCCCAACAAGAGUGACUUCCAGGAGCACAUCCUGUUGCAUAAUGCAGCCUCUUCUUCACUGGGUCUUUCCCGUAGUUUCCCUGGGAUAAUGGCGCACAAUCUCAGCGCUGUCCGCUCCCCAGCAUACACACCUGCCUUGGGUGACCCUCUGCCGCUUCCUCCUUUGCCAAAUGAUAAACGUGGCCCCUUUGACCCAAUGCUUGGACCUCCUGUCAAUAACCCCAUUUACACUUGUGCAUACUGUGGGGCUGGGCAUCCUGAUCUGGAGAGCCUCAAAGUUCAUUACCUGACCCAUGACCCCCACCCAGGCUCCCAUGGUCAGGAUGGUAUCCUGAACACUGAUGGGAUUGGCUCUAACUCUAACCCAUCACCAUCUGGAGAGAGAGUGCAUUCUUCUGAUGAUGGCGAACGUCGUUUCAAGUGUCAGGAUUGUGGGAAAAGCUACCGCCAUGCUGGAAGCCUGGUUAACCACAAGCGCUCCCACCAGACUGGCCUCUACCAGUGCACCAUCUGCUGCAAGCAGUAUCCGCACUUGGCAGCGUUGCAUAGCCACCUCCGCAGCCAUAAGGGAAGAACAUCCAACCAAUCAUCCCUCAACACUGAAGGCGACUGGCUCUCCUCUGAACCCCUGACACUUGACUCUCAGAAUAGUUAUGUGCAGGAGGGGAGCGGCGCAACCACCCCCAUCUCCCUACCGGGAAAUCUUGGUGACGCUGCUCACUUUGUACCUGAUGGUGGCCACAGCAGUGGUUUGGAUUCACUGGAGUUCCAUGAUCGAUUUGAUGGCUCCCUUGCCCAGAGCAACUCUGGGCACUCCCCUCUUCCCCAGAACCACCGCCAGGCUGAUAGACACAUGUGCACUGACUGUGGAGAAAUGUAUGGGGACAUCUCUGGCAUCAAGUCUCACAUGUGCCCCCAACGGCGACAGAACCAGGGGAUGUCAAAUGGAUUCAUGGGAAACAUGAGUGGCUACAACAGUCCUGGAGGCGCUGCUCUCCCUUCAGGUGGAGGAAAUGUGAAAGAGAGCAAUGGACAGCGCUCUCAGUAUGGUUCUCAGUCCCAUGCCCAAGUAGGGGGGAAAAGGAUGAAUAAAGAAGAUGACGAUGAUGGUGAAGUGUACCAGUGCUCGGUGUGUGGAAACCAUUAUGCCAGCCUCAGAGCUCUGAGAAGCCAUCUGCGCAGCCAUGCUAACAAUCCCACAGGGCCUGGGACUUCGGCACUUUCUCCUAACGGUGAGGCAGACUGGAGGAUUAUCUGCAGCACCUGUGGCCAGAGCUUCUCCAGAAAGCAAGACCUGUUAAACCACCAACUGAUUCAUGGGCCACAAAGGUCAGAUGCAGCAGCGCAGAGCAUGGGGGCCGAUCCCACCAAUACUAAUGGCAAAAUGGAUGGUGAUGGGAGGAAUCACAUUUGCGUUGACUGUGGCAUGUUCUUCGCUGAUCGCCAUCACCUGAUCACUCACCUGUGUCCUGGAAAGGGAAGAGGAGGAGUGCUGAGCAAAGAAGGAUUGAAUGGCGCUAAAGGGAUGACUGGCGGAGAUGGAGUUAGUGGCGGCGGAGUUGGAGGACCUGGAGGCAGUCGUGAUAUGGGAGGACAGGACCGUAGACAACAGAUGCCAGAUUCGGAGGAUCGACCCCACAAAUGUGACCAGUGUGGAAGGGGCUACAGGCACCCUUGCUCCCUGCUCAACCACAAGAAAUCUCACAAGACCGGAGUCUUCAGAUGCCUUGUCUGCCAGAAGCGCUACUACAACCUGCUGGCCCUCAAGAACCACCAGAGGACCCACUUUGAUUUAAAAAGCAAGGCUGCCGCUGGCACAGGGAGAAGCGGUCCCCAAGUGGCACCCGAUUCCGAAACGAUGGCUUUACUUGAAUGGCACAAGUGUGAGGAGUGUGGGAAGGCCUUCAAGAUCCAGAAGCAGCUAGAAAACCACCUUCGGCUCCAUGAAGAACACCGAGCAAAGGCUCACGCCCAGCUUGCAAAACUAGGCAAUGGGAGGUAUCAAGGAGGACCCUCUGGCAUGCAGGCCAUGAGAGGAGAAUCGUCCAAAUCCCAGAACCCUGGCAUGGGGGAAGUCAAGUAUGGACAACAACAACAAGGCUUCAAGCAACCUUACUCAGAGGCUGGCACUUCGAGGGCUCAGAAUUUUGAUCUACAAGAAGGGGGACGACGACCCUUCGCCUGUGAUGAGUGCGGACGGAGCUAUCGUCAUGCAGGAAGCUUGGCCAAUCACAAGAAUCUUCACAAAAUUGGCGAGUAUCACUGCAAUGUCUGCAACUCCACUUACCCGAACCGCCUGGCCAUGAAAAACCAUCUGCGUCUUCAUUUUGCCCUCAAGAAGCACACUUGCCAGGAAUGUGGCAAAGGAUUCCGUACCCAAAAGCAGCUGACCACCCACCACUCUGCACAGCUCUGCAAGGGGGCUGCAGGAGCUGUUGCUCAAAUGGAUUAUGAGUGUGAUGGGUGCUGCGAGGGUUUCGCUACUGCAGACCAGCUGGCUGCACAUGACUGCCCUGCUCAGCAGCUCCCUUCGUCCUCGGCCUCCCUCAACAGCUCAAGCCUCAGCAUCGAUGGGGCUGACCUUGUGCCAGAUGAACGCCCCUACAGCUGUGACAUCUGCAACUGCUCUUACAAACAUGCCAGCAGCCUGCUGAACCACAAGCACACACACAAGACGGGCACCUUUACUUGCACCUACUGCGACAAGCCGUACUCCAACUACAUGGCGCUGCGCAACCACAUGCGCAUCCACACGCAGAAGAAGAGGCACAUCUGCCACCACUGUGGGAAAGCAUUCCGGCUAGCCAGAUUCCUCCGCAAUCACCAGAAGGUCCAUGAGGAGGGCCACACACGCUUUGGCUGCACCAGCUGCGGGAAGAGCUUCCAGGGGAGGUCAGGCCUGGCGAGGCACCGCUGCGGGGAGAACCAGGUAGGCAAGGAGGGCAGGAGGAUGGCCACUGCAAGCACGACAGGGGGAGAAGAGUGCCGGUACACAUGUGACCAGUGUGGCCGCUCCUACGCCCAUGCCAGCUCCCUCCUCAACCACAAAAACACCCACACCGUCGGCAUUUACCACUGUGCUGUGUGCCUCAAGACCUAUUCCAACCUCCUGGCCCUCAAGAACCACCGGCGCAUCCAUUCAGAGAUACGGCGUCACCGCUGCCCAGAAUGCGGCAAGGCUUUCCGUGUCUCCUCCCAGCUUAACAGCCACCGUCGCGUCCACCUAAAGGAGAGGGAGCUAACUUGUGUCCCCUGCCAGCGCAGCUUCCCCAGCCAGGCCAGCUUCCGGCUCCAUCAGGAGAUCUCCCACGGCCAAGCCCCCAGGCCCCCCCAGCAGAAACAGGCCAGGGCUGGGGGAGCCUCUGGGUGCACAUCCGGGGGCGGGAGCUCAGGCCUUAACUGGGACUCCGGCCUGGAUCUCACGCUGUUGCAGGCCCAAGGACUGGUCCCCAAUGGACUACCAAAAAUGAACUCCCUGUCCUUCCAAGGCCCCAGUGGCAGCAGGAGCCGUGGGGCGACGGGGACCAAGUCGCACGUCUGCAACCAGUGCGGCCGUGGCUACCUCCACGCCAGCUCCCUCCUCAACCACAAAAACAGUCACAAAACAGGCGCCUACUUCUGUAACUCCUGUCAGAAGGAGUUUCCCAACCUGAUGUCCCUCAAGAACCACCGGCGCAUUCACACUGAGCCCAAACGUUUCCAGUGCCCCGACUGCGGAAAGUCCUUCCGUGUGUCCACCCAGCUCAUCUGCCACCGGCGCAUCCACACCAAGGAAAAGCCCUUUUCCUGCCAGCAAUGCGACAAGCGCUUCUCCAGCAAGUCCAACCUGCGCCACCACCAGAAGGUGCACUGGAGCAGCUCAGCGCCCCCUACAAUGGCCAUGGGCGCUGCCAGCUUCUUGGUUAAGCCCCAGUGUCAAAGAAGUUACAGCAAACGGGGCACAAUGGGAAGAACAUCCUUAUGCCGUGCCGAGAGUGUGGCGUGAAGCUCACCAAGUCAACCACAUUGAUGAAUUUGACCAAUGAUAAGGGUUUUUUUUGUGGCAUCUUUGCAGUUUGAAUGCAUUGCACAUCAUGACAUCCCAUUCCAUAUCUGUCGAUUUUGGAUAAAGCCUUUGCAUGCGGCCUUUGUCAUGUUCUACAAAACAUCUUAACCAGUAAGAACAUUUUUAUUUCAAACAGUAUCUCUGAAGUGAGCAAUAUGUUGGAGCAAAGAGUUGAGAUGUACUUUGGCAUUGUAAAAAUGUAGUUUUAACGGUCAAUUAAUGCAGUGGUUGGAUAUGUCACAUUUCUGUAAUAUAGAACUGACCUGAGGGUGUAUUGCUCUCUUGUGAGGUUCUAAUCGUUUUCUAACUUGUGUGUUUCUUGCAGCACGAAGAUGAGCUUCAAACCUUAUUAUUCUGCAGAUGACAGCAAUGCUCUUUAUCGGUUGCUUCUUUCUGGCAUCACAUUUGUGUGUUCCUCCUAAUAUUUCAAAAAAAAAAAUGUUUCUGGGCACCCUUAUUUUAAACACUGCGCCUAACUAGUUAACAUGUAUAGACAAUAAGUUGUGGUUUAAAAAAUAAAAAAUAAAUAAAAAAAGAAAGUAAAGAAAAUGUAUAUUGUUAGGCCCAUGCCGGCAUUUGGUUUUAUCCUGUAUCGUAAUCGUAUUUCUGACUGUAUUAUUUACAGUUCGACUUUUAUAAAACAAAUCAUUGUAGAAUGCAUUUAUUUAUAUUAACACUUGUAAUGGAAAACGCUAGUCUUAGGAUCUCUGUUUAGGAGCUGUGUUGUAACCACCCCCUUUCCUUACACUUACCCCUGACUAUAUGUAUAAGUGACAUGGAGUCAAGUAUGAAGGACUCCCAAAGAACACUUGUUACAGUACUCCUCCAUGUUGUCUCAAUUUGUUAUGGUUUAAAAAACAAACAAAAAAAAGUCCCUUGUACAAUAAACAGGGAACUUGUAUAAUGUGUGUUUUUUGAUUGCAGUACAAAGAUUAAGGAAUUAUUUCUGAAGUGACGUUGUGACUGUCUCCCCUCAAGUCAGACUGGACUUCCUUCUGUUUCACAAAAAGCUCACACUCAAAGGGAUGACUUUGUGAAUUGUUUGUGCGUUCAGUCCUCAUUCUCUAAGUUUUUGUUACACCUUAUCGUAACCCUUGUAUUUAUUAGUAUUUCUUUUAUUUAAUUGCGUUUUGACUAUUCAAAGCUCUGUGUGAACACCUUUUUACUGGGAGCGCUGGUGCUAGUACGUGAAAUAUAAAGUGACAGUGAAGUGAUUUAGGAGUAUUGUGAUGACUAGACCACAGGACAACUAACUAUAUUUUAAUUGAACUCUUGCGUUUUCUCCAGAAUUGGUUAAAAGUGGACACUUCCAACCAUCAUUACGGUUAGAUUAGAAAGGAUUGGUUUGAACAACUAUAAUGAAUCAUUUUCAGUUCUAACUUUUUUGUUUCAUACAUGUAUGUAAUGCCUACUAUACACUUUUUAUAAACUGUUUUGAUAAUUCAUUUCUUAACAAAACCUGUCCAUAUUAUAACCCCUAAUGCUGAGUACUGAAAAUAAAUAGCUGGAAAACAAGUGAAGAACAUUGUGGUGAAUCAAUUGUCCUUUAACGCCACACUUUUGAAAGUGUUUUAAUCAACAUGUUUUCACACAGGCAAUUUUUAACCUGUGAAGGUGAAAUCAACCUGGGUUAACUCAACCUUGUUAAAGACUUGGCGUGAACAUUUUCACUUCAGUGAAUUGGUCAAAUUAAAAUGCGUCUAGUUGAGGGGCCAAAUAAUUGACCUGUUUGAGGAUAUGUAAGGAAGGGGGGUAUACAAUUGCAGAUCUUUAAGCAAAUGAUGCAGACUGAGGAUGAAGUUUGAUAAUGUUAUUUACCUUGUUGCCUCUAGUGGUGCCCUCAUCAUACACCUAGGCUGUGUACACAGACAGCCCAUUGCUGAUAUUUUUUUCACUAAAUGUUAUUUUGAUCAAUCACAUCAGAUCUUAUUCAGAGCUGAUCGAAUUAGUUAUAAUGGCAAUUAGUGGAGAAAAAGAUUGGCAUAAGGCUCCCUGUAUAAACACAGCCCUAGAUGAUUUGACCUGCCAUUUUCAGUCCUUUACUCAAGUUUAGUGCAAACAAUAAAAAAUAAAAAAAAUGGACACUAAUGCAUCUAUAUGUAAUCUUUAAGGUACAAUGUUUGAAUGCAUUCCAUUAUCUUGAUGCUAGAAUAUUUAUUUGUUUUAAUGCAACACAUAAAAUUCCCAAUAAUAUUGAGUUUACAAUGUGGUUGUUGAAAAUAUACCUUUUCAUUUUAUAACCAACCAAAUGGGUUUGGAGUUCUUUCAUCCUUGGAAGAAGAAGAAUAUCCUCCCAAAACUCCUUUCUUUAGUUUUUCCACUUCGCUGAUAUUUCGCCCAACCUCAUUUUUCCACGUAGGCUUUUUUUUUUUUUUUUUUAUCAACCCGGUCAAGUUUGAGAGUGCAUAUUUGCCGCUAGUUAGCUUAGCACGCUAACACCAGUGUUCAUAUGGAAUCUGUUGAGCUGAUGCCAACGUCUAGCAACCACAAUGGCAUUUCUAUUAUAAUAUGUUGUUCAAGAGUGUGGUCACUAUACACGUUGGAUGGAGUGUCUGCGUGGUGGUGAAGUCUGUUUUUGGAUGUCCACUUUUGUUCAAUUGCUUCCUAUAAGCUCUUAGAUUAGUAUGGUAAACUAACAAGUGGCUGCUCAAAAUAACUAAAUGAAAUAUUUUUGUCUGGGUUGAUUAAGAAAUGCUCAAGUAUUGGGAGAAACCAAAGGAAAUAGUUUUUUGAGUAAAUUGUCCUAAGGGUUGUAGAAUCAACAUUGCAAUAUUGCUGUCUCCCGAUUUUUGUGUAUUUGUCACCAUGAAUAUGAAACUAGCCCAGAUAUUGAAGAUACAAAUCUCUAACCCUUAAUCUUUCACAUGUAACUGACCUAUUCCAUAUUUGUUUUGUUUUCAUGUACAUUUCGUCUUUUAUAUAUGCAUGAUAGUUUGUGCUUAAUAAAGAUCCAUCCGUGUUGAAUAUAA